CCGCCCACCCUAAUGUAGGCGAAAGGUCAGUGGCGCUGCUAGGGCAGCGGAGCAAGACCUAGACUGUGCGGGGCUGCCAGGUAGACUGACGGAAGACUGACCAUGGCCGACCAGCCGAAACCCAUCAGUCCGCUUAAGAACUUCCUGGCCGGCGGCUUUGGCGGCGUGUGCCUGGUGUUCGUGGGGCACCCCCUGGAUACGGUCAAGGUCCGACUGCAGACACAACCACCAAGUUUGCCUGGACAGCCAGCUAUGUACUCUGGGACCAUCGACUGUUUCCGGAAGACUCUUAUUAGAGAGGGCAUCACAGGGCUAUAUCGGGGCAUGACUGCGCCCAUCAUUGGAGUCACCCCUAUGUUCGCUGUGUGCUUCUUUGGUUUUGGCUUGGGGAAGAAACUACAGCAGAAAUCUCCAGAGGAUGUGCUCAACUACCCACAGCUGUUUGCAGCUGGGAUGUUAUCUGGUGUUUUCACUACUGGAAUCAUGACGCCUGGAGAGCGGAUCAAAUGCUUACUGCAGAUUCAGGCUUCUUCAGGGGAAAACAAAUACAGUGGUACCUUGGACUGUGUAAAGAAGCUGUAUCAGGAGUUUGGGAUCCGUGGCUUCUACAAGGGGACUGUGCUCACUCUCAUGCGAGAUGUUCCAGCCAGUGGAAUGUAUUUCAUGACAUAUGAAUGGCUCAAAAAUCUCUUCACUCCAGAGGGAAAGAGUGUCAGUGACCUCAGUGUCCCUCGGAUCCUGGUGGCUGGAGGCUUUGCAGGGAUCUUCAACUGGGCUGUGGCGAUCCCCCCAGAUGUGCUCAAGUCUCGAUUCCAGACUGCACCUCCUGGAAAAUACCCUAAUGGUUUCAGAGAUGUGCUGAGAGAGCUGAUCCGGGAAGAAGGAGUCACCUCCUUGUACAAAGGGUUCAAUGCAGUAAUGAUCCGCGCCUUCCCAGCCAAUGCAGCCUGUUUCCUUGGCUUUGAAGUCGCCAUGAAGAUCCUUAACUGGAUUGCCCCGAACUUGUGAGGCUGAAGACUGUUCAAGACUUGUGGAUGCUGGACAACCGUUGCUGAGAAGUGGGCAGGACUGGGUGUCCUGAGGAUGAGGGGAGGGGAAUGGUGGCAUCAGAGCUCCAGGCUGUGAUGGUGAAAUUGUUGCCUUAAUGACAUCCUCUACCUUCUAUAACUUGGUGCCAUUUUGAAACUUGAAUUUACAAGAUUUCCAGAGAAUUGGAGAUGGAAUAAAGAGUUUAUAGACUCACUCACUACCUUUGGCCAAAUUGCCGCCUACUGACUGAGUGAUGACCCUACUGCACUCAAAAUACUCCUCUCUAGAGAGUUGAUAGCAGACUCUCUGGAGGCUCCUUGCCUAUUUUCAGCCAGCUAAACCAGGAGCUGAGAGCUUUCAUUGCUAGCCAGGAAAACCCAACAGAUGUCUAUGGUGCCAUCUACUCCUGGGCUACACAGAGAUGUGGACGUAAGAAACACACAUCUGUCUACCAAAUGGACUAGGUAGAUAUAGCUAAGGACAGGCCACCUGUUAACUAUUGUUUCUUGAUAUUUUUACACUAGAAAGUCAUAAAAAGUUAACUAGUUAUCUGAAUUC